AUGAUGUUUCAAUCCACUGCUGCAGCUGGUCUGCUCCUCGCCAUCGGCGCGUCUGCCCAGUCGGUCAUUUCCAGUGGCCAAGGCUUUGGCACUUAUUACUACGACAUCGACCAGGUCGAUGCCUGUGGUACCACCUUUGAGUAUCAGAAUCAAGGUGGAGUCAUGUGCAGCUCUGAAACACUGCUCUCUCUUAACCAGAUGGACACCAACUACAUUGUUGCCAUGAACAACACUCAACUGGGUGCCGAUCCAUCCCUCUACUGCGGCAAGAGGGUUGUUGUCUCCGUCAAUGGACAGCAGUCCGACCUGCAACUCUUCAUCGGAGACGGCUGUCAGCGCUGUGGCACCGGCUCCUCCUCCAGUGAUACUUGGAAUGCAGAGGGUGCUCCAGGCCUCGAUUUCAGCUACUCAGUCCUCGACCAGUUGUCCGGAGGUAGCGCCUGUAACGAUGGCCACAUGUCCAUUUCAUGGGAAAUCCUGGACGAGACCAUCUACAAUUUUGAUGGCAGCUCUUCAGGAUUUGUCUCCAGAUCUAGCAGUUCUGACACAGCCACUGUGCAGUCCUCGGCUCAGUCUGCAACCCCGACAACGAUGAGAACCAGCGCAUCCACUGCCCAGUCUACUGCUUCAUCUUCGACCUGCUCAGACAAUGCAUGGCAGUGCAACGGUAAUGUGCUUGAGCAGUGCAUCGGCACUACAUGGACCCCCCGCGUUACGUGCGCUGCCGGUGCCAGCUGCCAGGGCGGUUCCAACCCAUACUGCAUUUAA